GGUGCACGGGAGCACGUGUCUGUCAUUCAUAUAAUUUAUAACCUGUACAUAAAUUGAUUAAAUAAAUUGAGUGAACUUGAAAACCUAAUAAUAUGUUUAUAAUAUAGCAGCAAAAAUGAGUCAUACUAUUCUAAAAGAAGCAUUCGAAGUUGAAGCAAAACAUGAACCAUUCUAUACAGGAGGGAAUGUACAAUGGAGUACAGAUGGACAGUACAUAUUCUGCCAAAAGCAUGGCACAGUUUCUGUAUUAUCACUAAAGGAAGGUAUGUCAAUAGUAUCUCAUGUGGGACAAAGUGAUAAUGAUGAAGAGAAAGAUGUGAUUAAUACAUUUACUGCGUUCAGUAAUGAUGUAAAUAUAAUUACACAUCACAAAAGUGGUCUUUUUAAACUGUGGAACUGGAAGGAUAAGAAACUGAUCAAAUUAUGGAAGUCUACUCACAAAGGUCCUGUAUUUCACAUUGCUCAUUGUAAUGAAACAAAUUUAAUGGUUUCUGGAGGCAGUGAUGGUACUGUCAGAUUGUGGGACUUACAACAUCACGCUUGUACUCAUAAUCUGAAAGGAGUUCAGGGAGUUAUCAGUAUUUUAGCUUUCCAUCCGAACAUUGAGAAAAAACUUGUCUUUGCUGCAGGCGAUGAUUUUAAAAUUCAUGGAUGGGAUAUUACAUCUGGUAAAGAAGUAGUUACUCUUUCUGGGCACUUCAGUAAAAUUACAUCCAUAUCUUUUCACACUGAUGGGAAUUCUUUAGUGAGCUCAGGAAGAGAUAGAGUAUUAAUUUUAUGGAAUAUUUCAACUGCAUCAUCAGUACGUGUUUUACCAGUUUAUGAAGAAAUAGAGGAUACAUUUAUUUUAUCCAAGAAUGUAUCAUUACCUGUACCAUUACCCAAACAAAAUGAAGAUGCUAUUUAUAUUGCUGCUGCAGGAGAAAAAGGUAUCGUAAAAAUAUGGGAAAUGAGAAGCGGUAGAGAAGUAUAUGCACAGAAAAAUUCUAUUUUAUCAGCGGCAAAAGAAGGAGAAAAUCUUUCAAUUACGCACUUACUUUCUAAAAACGAUGGCGACACUUUUGCCGUCGUUACCGUUGAUCACAAUAUACUUAUGUAUUCAUUAAGAACGUUUGAAUGUUUAAAACAGUUAGUGGGGUACAGUGAUGAAAUUCUAGAUAUUGUGUAUCUUGGGGAUAGUCAAGAUCACAUAGCUGUCGCUACUAACAGUUGCGAUAUAAAAUUGUACCAUGUAUCAACUAUGAAUUGUCAAAUAUUAUGUGGACAUACAGAUAUUGUCUUAGCCCUUGCUACGACACCUGCGAAUGCGUGGCUACUUAUAUCUUCAGCAAAGGACAAUAGCAUUCGUAUAUGGUUGAUGGAUAAAGAAACAACAAAAGCAUCUUGUAUUGCAUCCGCUACCAGGCAUACUGCUUCUGUUGGAUCUGUUGCAAUUUCUCAAACAUCCACUAAAUUUUUCACUUCCAUCAGUCAAGAUUUGUGUCUUAAAUUGUGGAAUUUACCACAAGAUUUUGAGUCAGAAGACAUGCAUUCCGUGAAUGUAAUUCAUACAGUAUUGGCUCAUCAAAAAGAUAUUAAUAGUGUAACUAUUUCGCCAAAUGACAAAUUAAUUGCUACCGGAUCUCAAGAUAAAACAGCAAAAUUAUGGUCGAGCAAUGACCUACAAUUACUUGGAGUAUUUCAUGGACAUAGAAGAGGGGUAUGGUGUGUUCGAUUUUCUCCAAUAGAUCAAGUACUUCUAACAACAUCUGCAGACUGCACGAUAAAGCUUUGGUCACUGACAGAACUGAACUGUUUAAAAACACUAGAAGGCCAUGAAUCGUCAGUUUUAAAAGCAGAAUUUUUGACACGAGGUAUGCAGUUAAUUACAGCAAGUGGAGAUGGUCUUUUGAAACUUUGGAGUAUCAAAACAUCAGAGUGUUUGUGUACUUUAGAACAACAUGAGAGUCGUGUGUGGACAAUCGCUGUUAGGAAAGAUGAAAAGACCAUAAUCAGUGGUGGAAGUGAUUCAUUAAUAGUUAUUUGGAAAGAUGUAACCGAAGAAAGAAAAGAAAAAAUAGAAUCGGACAUGAAACAGCUUGCACUUGAAGAACAGCAAUUAGCAAAUUUACUUAAAGCAAACAAAUUAAGUUCCGCGUUAAAAAUGAGUUUAAAAUUAGAACGCCCUCUGCAAGUUCUCAAAAUUAUAGAAAGUAUUUUAAAAACAGGUAAUUGUCCACUUAUACCAACAAUUAGUGAGUUACAACCUGUGUACAAGGAGAAACUACUUAAAUGUGCUUCUACAUGGAAUACUAAUAGCAAAAAUUGUCAAGUUGCUCAGGUAGUUAUAAAUGCCUUAAUAGUGGAAUUGAAACAUGAGGAUUUUGAAACAUCAUCAACCUUGAUGCUGGAGUCUAUGAUACCAUAUACUGAACGACAUUACACGAGACUUACAAAAUUGUUGCAAAACCUUCAUUUGUUUACUUAUACGCUUAAUCGUAUAAAACCACAUAUUGCGUCCACAGAUUCUAAAUGACCACGUAAUAUAGCGCUGAGUAUAUACAAUGUAUAAAGUGACUUAAAUGUGUUCAUCAUUCUGAAUAUAAGUACAGUCUAUUGUUGCUAACUUUAUAUUAUGAGCACAAAAUAUUUUUUUUUAGUAAAAUACUGUAAUAUAGAUAAGCAUGAUUUUGAGAACAUUUUAUGUACUUGCACACACCACUUUAUGAUGAUUCGUUUGACGACAAUUUAAACUUACGGCACUUCAAUUAUACUCUAUGCUCUGCUGUAACACACCAACGUGAUAUAAAGGAUUGUUUCACUUA